GAUGUUUUUGUGAAAUUGUACAUCGAAUUUCCAGAAUGUUUAAAUGAUUAAAGGCAGCCGGCAGAUGUGACGCCAACAAUAUGAAAAGUAUAAUUACACAUGCACUGGAAUAAAAGUAACCGUUGAUUUUGUAUAAUGAAAAGGACAAGACAAGACUGGCAAGAGAAGAGUUGAUUUAAUAUAUAUAAAAUCUGGACUCUUUCAGAUGGCUUUGCUAUCGAUCGUCCAAGGAGAUUGUCAAUAACUACAAGCUGUAUAUUGAUCGGACUACAAGUGACAUCGUCAGCAAAGAUGUCGUCCAUGUUGAGCGCAUCUUCCCGAUGCAUCAAGAAAAUUUAUGAAAUUCUCUGUUGUGACAACAAGUGUUGCGAUUGCUGUUUCGGAAGUGAGAAAAAAUUGACCAAGUCAGACAUUCAGCAUUCCUUCAGAGAAUCGUCUGUAAGACUGGAUUCAACAAGUUCUGCUACCGAUAGCAUGCGUAGCUUCAGGGAGAGAAUGGAAUCAGAUAAUAUGUCGUCAAGAACCGAUUCGGUUUCUUCGGCUUCACAACUAAGUGGAGAAUACCGACGAGGCACAACAACACCCGUUAUUGACAUGAAACCUAUAGAGUUCUGGGCUGCAAAUCGCGAAAGUGUUCAGCCUAAACAACAUCGCCGACGCCUUCCCAGUGAAACCGAAAUCAGCGUUGAAAACUUUCAACCAGAUUUAUAUGAAGAAGAUAAAUCUGAACCGUGUUUGACAGAUGAAGAAAAGUUAGCCAAAUACCAAUUAGGUCAAAUCCAUAUAGGAUUAAACUACGAGGUAUCUACCAAAGUGUUGGUGGUAAAGAUAAUUGAGGCAAAAGACCUCCCCAGACCUUAUUCCCUUGAUGAAAAUAAACAAGACAUGGCUCAUUCUAACCCGUAUUGUAAAGUUUGUCUACUUCCAGACCAAAAAAAUUCACAACAAACGUCUGUUCAGCGCAAAACACAGGAGCCAACAUGGAAUGAAUACUUCAUGUUUGAAAUUCCUUAUAGUGAAGUGCAGAUGCGAACAUUAGAAAUUUUGGUGAAAGACUUUGAUAAGUAUUCCCGCCACUGUAUCAUAGGUCAGGUGUACCUACCUCUUACAAACUUACAACUCCUCAAAGGCGUUCAUAUGUGGAAACCCCUCAGUCCAAGUACAAAGGAGAGACAUGACUUAGGAGAAAUACUGCUGUCUCUGAACUACCUACCAACGGCCGGGAGAUUAAAUAUUGACGUCAUAAAAGCAAAACAACUUCUACAAACAGAUAUGAUUGGCGGGUCAGAUCCCUUCGUAAAAAUAACGAUGGUGCACUUUGAAAAACCCAUCAAAACCAAGAAAACUUCCGGGAAGAAAAAUACCAUUGAUCCGGUGUUUAAUGAAUCCAUAAAUUUUAAUAUUACGCCACAACAAUUGGAAAACACGAGUAUUGUUGUCACAGUCUGGGACUACAAUUCAAAAAGUAAGGACGAUUUCGUUGGUCGUAUUGUUUUGGGGAAAUAUGGAACUGGACCCCACGAAUAUACCCACUGGAGCCGGAUGUUGAAUUCUCAACGUUCUGCAGUUGCGCAGUGGCAUUCGCUUAGAUCUCGCCAAGAAUGCGAUCAGGUGUCGCCUGCUUCUAUUGCAGUUCCAUGACAUGUUUACGUAAAGCAAAGUGAAGGUUAAUAUCAAACAUCUGUUGCUGACAAGAAUUUCCAUAUCUGCCAAAACAAGAAGCCAAUAUCUGUGCAGUAAUAUUUGAUAUUUUGUUAUGUAAAGACGUUUGAAAGUGGAAAUGUCAUACUUUAAGGACUUUGUUCAUUGUUUGAUACAGACUAAACAUAAUAUUGCCUGAAUUCAGUAUUGUUUGAUUCAGAGAGAUUUCACACCAUGUUUUCCGGUACCAUUGAAUGUUACAUGUAAGAAAAGGAUAUUCACAAAUAUUUUGUAUCACCUUGGAACAAGAGCAAAUACCUUUACUACAUCACGUGUUUCAGGCACUUGGUUAAAUAAUAGUAAAAGACAAAUUCAUCGCAUUUUCAUUAACUGCUCAUCAAAUAUAUAUAUUGUAAAUUUUUGAGAGGCACAAACAGAUUGAUAUGCGUUAUCUAUACUGUAAAUCACUUAAUUUUCGCGACACCUUAUUUUCGCGAGAGUCAUUGAAUCUUUUUUAGCGGGACAAAAUGUUCACGAAUUCUGGACAUUGCUCUAUAUAAUCUUAAGGAAUACUAAUAAACGCGAGAAUGAAAUUUUCGCGAGCAUAUUGUCUCGCGUAAUUACGCGAAAAUAAAGUUCUCGCGAAUAAAUAGUGAUUUACAGUACUUAAAAUCAUCUGUAAUACGUCAUGUUGGUUUGUUUAGAGAUCAUAUAUACAGUUUGAGCAGACAUUUUACAGUCGUGUUAAUAGCAUUGGUUGUGUUAUACGCACAAUGUAUAUCAAUUUGAUGUAAACAAUAACUGAGAAAUGUUACAUUGUUCUGCACAUAUAUAUUUUUUUAUAUGUAUUACUAAGAUAAUUUACCGCAGUGUUUGAAAAGCAUUGUCACCUUGUAAGGAUAGACAAUAAAUUGUUGCUUGUAUGUAU